AUGGUGUUUUAUUUUACUCUCGCCUCUGAUCCUUCGCUCGUUUGCUACAUGGGCCGUGAUAAGUAUGAAAAUGAGCUACUUAUCAAGCAUGGGUGGCCAGAGGACAUUUGGUUCCACGUCGACAACCACAGCAGUGCCCAUGUGUACUUGCGCAUGCCGAAGAGUAAAGAGAUGGACGAGUUAACGCCGGAGGUGAUUGAGGAGUGUUGCCAGCUCACCAAAGCCAAUAGUAUUGAGGGGUGUAAGCUAAAUCACGUUCGUGUGGUAUACACACCUUGGAGUAACCUGUUGAAGACAAAUGGGAUGGAGGUUGGGCAGGUGGGAUUUCAGGUGGAAUCCCUGCGUCGCUACCACACAGUUGAAAAGAAAAAUAACGUUAUGCUCAACAAGUUAGAGAAGACAAAAAUCACAAAAGAAAAUGUAGAUUUUCAGGCAUUGAGGGAGGAACGGGACGCAGAAGAACGACGGGAAGAACGGAAGGCUAUGUUGGAAAAGCAACAACGGGAAAAGCAAGAGAUGGAGGCUAGGAAGAAGGCAGCGGAACUCAAGUCUUACGCCUCUCUCAUGGACGAAACGAAGAUGCGUAAUAAUUACGAGGGAGUUCCGGAUGAAGAUGGCUUCAUGUAG